AUGGGCGAAAAUGCAACAGGAGAAAAUGCUCAGAAGGAUAGGAACAAGAAGUGGGAGAUGGCAUUCACGGCCCGGAUGAGGCAGAUUGUCCCUGGUCUCUUCCUGGGAAAUGUCGAGUCAUCAUACAAACGAGAAAUGCCUCAAGAGAACCAUAUCAACGCAAUUGUCUCUCUUACUGAUGCUCGAUGGGUAUGGUGGAACACUACUACAAGAGAGGCAGGCGUUCCAGAACAUCGUCACAAAUGGGUUCAGUGUGCAGAUUCGUCGACCCAAGACCUCCUUGCCCAUAUGAGUGAUAUUUGCGACUUCAUCGACCAAAUGGCAUCCCCAGCUCUUUCCUCAUUGCUCUCCUUACCCGUCGAGCACAAACAAACGAAUGACGAGCAGCGCGGUGCAGCUUCGGAGGCGAUAUUAAUUCACUGCGAUCUUGGAAUAUCACGCUCGCCGACGAUUAUCAUUGCCUAUCUCAUGCGCAAGUUCGACAUGCAGCAAGCAGACGUAUUGCAUUUUGUUCAAUCAAAGCAAAAAAUCAAGCCGAGCACGAAUUUUACUCGUCAACUUCAAGUUUGGGAGGUUAGAUACCAAGUAUGGGAGAACGAAGAUAGGACUAUCCCGAAACCAGCAUACAAAGCAUUUCUGGAACAUCGGGCCGUUCUUCUCAGAAAAAGAGGGCUCACGGGAAAUGAGCCACUUGCACCCCAGAACCUCUAA